AAAAGAUCUAUGGACACUUUUGGUUAUACGGUUAAGAGAGAGCCACAGGAUGUGAAGGUUGAACAUGAAAGAUCUAUGGACACAUUUGGUUAUACGGUUAAGAGAGAGCCACAGGAUGUGAAGUUUGAACAUGAAGGAUCUAUGGACACUUUUGGUUAUACGGUUAAGAGAGAGCCACAGGAUGUGAAGUUUGAACAUGAAUUGCAAGAACCAAAUAAUAAUGAAUUUGGCAAACCAGAAUCAAAUAAUAAUUUCAAAUUUGAAAAAGGGAAAAGAUCCAAGCGCAAGCGCAAAUUCUAUGGCAGUACACCAGAAUCAAAUAAUAAUUUGAAGAAAAAUGGACAAGAUUUCAAGCACAAGCAACAAUAUAGUGCUGUUCAGUUAAAUAAAAUUCGAAAUUCUAUAGAAAGGAACAUCGACAAACAACUUCCCGGUACUGGUUUUAAGAACUUUGCAGCAGCAUCUAUCCUUAUAAAUCCUUCUCAUACUGAUCUACCAAAUCUAAUUCAAAGCCGGUGGAAAGACUUUACUCCAGAAGAGUAUGUUGAGCGUGAAAUUUGGAUUCGGUUUAAUAAAUUUCCAAUGUCAAGACCUCUCUUAUUAUUUGAAGAAUUGGAUGAUGAUGUUAAGGUUUUUAUUCCUAUGCAAUUAGAGGUAUAUGAUACAUGCCUUUUGCGCUAUAGUGCAAUGCCAAGGCAAAAGCAAAAAGAAUAUGAGGAGAAACGGAUAAUUGAGGACGGUGGAAUAUGUUUGCAUCGUUUUGAUAUGUUCGGGAAAAAAUGGUCAAAGUUAUUGCAACCUGGAGAUGUUAAAGUAAAGCACGCGUCAAAGGAGAAAAUUGAAGCUUACUUAAAACAGAUGCCAAGGACAACAAAAGUUGAGGUCGUAGAAAGAGAAGGAGGACAAUUUAUAAACGUUCUGGAUAUUAAACGUUGCAAUGAAAGUAAGCUUGUAAAGCUAAUCAACUGCAGGUGGAAGGAUUUGACAGAAGCAAAGAAUUUUCAGGAUGAAGUAACUCGAGCUUUUAGAGGCCGGGUGAUACCAGUGAAAGAUAUUAAUGUGGCUUGGAAAAAUUUGGGAAACAACCUGAGGGUGAAAAACUUCAAGCAAACAAUGUUUAAAGUAGCUAUUUUCACCGAGGCCGAAUAUGCAAUGCAGUGCCGGUUGAAAGAAGGCGUGCUUUACCCUUUCUCUUCAUAUUAUUGCGAGUUUGAGGACGUUGUCAAAACUGAAUUCCCUGAUAUGACAAAAAAGGAGUCUGAAGAGGGAAUGUUUGUUUAUGUCUUCAUUGUUGCAACAAGGUAG